AUGGAAAAGAUCCUCCCGUCUUACGAAAAGGCCAACACCUUCAUGUCACGCCAGAGUGUUCAUGAGCUUUAUCUGUACCUCAAAACAUCCAGAUGGGUCAGCACUGCCGACAGACCUAGCAAUCAUCAAGCCUACAGGUACUUUCGAGGAAAUUCAUCCCACCGCCCGAACAAACCUCAGCGGUACUACCCCUAUUUCUUCGUCAUACAAGCUAUGUACCCGGACAGCGAGGCUGCCAGGAAAAUGUACUUAGAAAUGGAGCAGCACUGGGGAGUAAGACUUGACCCCAAGCAGCCAUUCUACCCUCAUCUCGUUGACGCUGAACAAGAGCGUAAACUCAUCAUGGGACACGUCACAGACGAAGAAGAUCCCAGCCAACACGACUCCGUGGUACAGUCAAGACUUAAUUCAUACCCAGGCUUGUCAACUGGUCAGAGCACCAGUAGUUCUUCCGGAUCCAACCAGGACCGUAACUGUAGCCUGCCCACCACCGCCGACGAUCAGGUAGUCAGCAACGACUAUAAAGACAAGCUCGCCACUAUGCAAAGCGAAUUGCGAAGCGAAUUAGAGAAGCGAUUUUCCGAAUUGGAGAGCGAUUACGAGCGACAGAAGGAUGUUGUGGGGGACUAG